UCCGUUGUCGUGGUCAGUAAUUGGUCGCGAAAUUCUUGCUUGUAUUUCAAUAUUCUGCAGUAUUAGCUUCCAACUCGGUCCCUCAGCAGCUACCUCUCAGCUGCUCCGUGGUGCAAGGUGCUCGUGGCGCACUUCUCUUUUUGUUGGGAGCACAAGUCUUAGCAGACCUACAAAAAGAGAAGUCGGUCGUUCUGUUCUCUGGGAUUAGGAGCAGUUAGCCAUCAACUCGCCAUUUGGGAAGUAACGUUCACGUUUUAAGAGAUGGCAGACACUGAAGAAGUUUCCUCAACCACCCCCAGCGAACAGCCAAAACUUGAGGCAAGCCCAGCGACGGGGGAUGUAACGCCAGAGGCAGUGGCAAAAGUUUCAGAGAAUGGCGAGUUGCCUAAAGAAGUACCUCAGGAAGCACCGGCAGCAGUUGCGGACGUCCCUGCACCUCCAGAAACAGCGCCGCCAGAGCCUGUGACGAGCACCACAGAGGAUGCCACGGAGGCGGUGACUGUAGAGGCAACUGCGCCCGCACACACGGAGGAGCCUGUAACAGAGGAAAAGCCAGUUGUAGUACCAGAACCGGAGCCUGUAGUUGUUCCCGAACCUGUACCAGAACCCGUUGUAGUCCCAGAACCGGCGCCAGUCGUCGUUCCCGAACCAGUGCCAGAGCCCGUUGUAGUCCCAGAACCGGAGCCUGUCGUCGUUCCCGAACCUGCACCAGAGCCCGUUGUUGUACCGGAACCCGUUGUUGUUCCAGAGCCCGUACCUGAGCCAGUAGUAGAGGCGCAUGUGCCUGAGCCAGCACCAGAGCCCCCUGUGGUUGUUAAAGAACCACCAGUAGUAGCAGCCCCACCGCCAGAGCCAGAGCCUGUUGUAGUUAGUGAACCUGUCACUGUACCAGAGGAACCACCUAAAGUCGAAGAACCCGUUGUUGUAGAGCCCCCUAAAGUGGAAGAACCAGCUCCAGCACCCGAACCUAAAGUGGAAAAGCCAGAACCAGCUUGUGAACCAGCCCCUGCCGCCCCUGCUCCUCCUCUGCUGAUGCAAUACUCUGCUGUAUUUGAUCUAUAUGUUUCAAAUGCCUCUAAUCCAACAGAGCACUGGAGUCCUUCAUUGCUAACUUCACAGGAUAAUACCACGGUUUCAAUGGAUUCAGGCAACAAGGAUAACAUGACAUCUGGACUGUCCGCGUUUCAACGGGACCUGUUGGGCGGAUCGGACGACGACCUUCAGUUUGACAUGCAGAAGAACCCAUUCCAAAGCGUCAGCCUGGCCGACAGCAUGAGCACUGGCCUCUCCCAUUUCGAAGACGAGCCUGUCGGUUUCGGUGGUAAGCCAGCCCAGAUGUCUGAGAGCCCGACACCUGACUUGGUCCAGUACGCACAUGACGGGGAUGCGCUGGACAGCUCUCCGUUUCAGAAUUUCGGCAAAGCCUUUGAGUCGGCUCCUGCUCCGUCUAUGCCUCCGGCCCCGGCAGCCGUCGCUGAGCCAGUUAUACCACCUUUCAGCUCCUCGUUGCAGUUUUCCACAACGACUGCGGAGGCUGAGGAGCCUGGCGUUGUGCCACCUGUUCUUCCAGACAUCCUGAAGUCUUCUCCUCUUAACCCAGACAAGCUUGACUCGGGCUCCUCUGAGGGAAGCCCAGACACCAGCCCUAUCCACAGGCGAGUCACUGAGUCUCCAAACAUCCCUAAAGCGUUGUCACCCAACAACCCAUUCGCGUUCGAUUCCAAGAUCUCCCUGCUGAAGGAGAUGGCCGAAGAGACCGAACAGAAGGCAAAGAUAGAAGAAGAGAAGAAGAAGCUCACUCCAAGUCCACUCACAGAGACCUUUGGGGCCUUUGACCUGGUCAAGGAAGCCAAGGACACGCCGGCCGUAGAGCCGCCCAAGAAGCAGCAGCAGCAGCAGGAUGAUGACGAACGAGAUUGGGACCCACCCAUCAAGGACACGGCAAAGGUGGCGGACAAGUUUGAGUGCUUAAGCUUCCCCAGCAGGAAAGUUCAGGAAGAUUCCGACUCCGAGUGCGCCUCAGCUGAUUCUCUGUCCCCGGUCCUGGAGGCGAUGGCCAAAAACCCCACCAGCUUCCAGGUGGAAAGCGAUAAGGUGAAGAUGAUGCCCAAAGACGACAAUAAGGAGGUCGUCGAGGCCAUGGAAGAAGCAUCCGAGCCGGAGGUGUCUUCUGAAGAGUUCGAGUUUGUCGAGAGGCCACCCCGCGGUGCAAUCGACGAGUUUUUGGAAACGCUGGAUUCCUCCAAGUUCUCGAAGACACCGGAGUUCACUUCACGCGAAGAACCGACCUCACGCUUUGACAAGGAAGAUCUCCUCGCAGGCGUGUCCUCCACCACCACAACAAUAACAACAUCCAAGGAAUCGGCGACCAGUCAGAGCUCCUCUUACCUCCUCCUCACGGACCCGUCGGGAAAGUCUUCUCCUCAGCGAAGCAAAGCCGGUCUUGAACUGGGAGACCUCCACGAGUCCCUCUCCAAACCCACUCCGCCUCCGCCUCAGCCCAGCACUGAGACGGCAAAGAAGAGUGUGGAGAGGACCGGCCUGAAGGUGCCCGUUCUGACCCCAGGAGCAGCCAGGUACUGUGGCAUCAAGCUGCCUCCGCAGUGUGAGAUCAGCGAAUCGGCGUCCCCCCCCUUGUUGAACAACAGGUACAUUUGCAACACCAAGCGCACUGUCAGCCUACAAUUGGUACCACCGUUACGUGCCUGUUGGCUUCGCAGUGAGAAGCGCAGGCAAUCCAGCAGGAAGUGCCUCCCUCUCCCGCCUGCUCUGCUGACUGAGCUGCAUGCACUAGAACUACACACAGAAAGCUGGUACUGUGCAUGCUUGGAGGCGCGCAAGAUGGAUGCCAAACGGGUGGUGGACCUCCUGUACUGGCGUGAUGUGAAGACCUCAGGCGUGGUGUUUGGGGCGUUUAUGCUGCUCCUGCUGUCCCUGACAGUAUGCAGCAUCAUCACCGUGCUGUCCUACGUGGCCCUCGCCCUGCUCUCCGUCACCGUCACCUUCAGAAUAUACAAGGGGGUCAUGCAGGCUAUCCAGAAGUCCGACGAGGGACACCCAUUCAAAGCUUACCUGGAGAAGGAUAUGGCACUGUCUGAGGAACUCGUCAACAAGUACAGCGACUCAGCUCUGGGCAAACUCAAUGGUGUCAUUAUUGAGCUGCGACGACUCUUCCUGGUGGAGGACCUGGUAGACUCUCUGAAGUUUGCCGUCUUUAUGUGGAUCCUGACCUACGUUGGUGCCUUGUUCAAUGGACUUACCCUGCUCAUCCUGGGUCUGAUUGCGGCAUUCAGUUGUCCAAUUGUAUACGAAAAGCACCAGACACAAAUUGAUCAGCAGUUGGCUAUGAUUAACAACCAGAUCAAAGAUGUUGUUGGAAAGGUUCAGGCGAAAGUCCCUGGCUUGAAGAAGAAGGCAGAGUGAAGGUGACAUGGCAUGCGGAGCGGAGUGGAGUGGAGUAGUGUGGAGUGGAGUGGAGUGGGGCACGAGGCGCUGCCAGCUGCUCCUGAGACUGUGUGUGUGUGAGAUUGGAGGAAGUGUUGGGGGUGUGGCGGGGGAUCUGAAGCCCUCCUCAUCACUGUUGUUCUCUCAAGUGUUUUCCACCACGAAGAGAUUCCUGACGCCCUGUGGAAAAUAAAUAAAACAAGCCAGGACUCACUUGGGGGGGUUUUCUUUCCUUUUUUUUUUUCUUUCUUUUUUUUUCUUUUUUGGUUUUUAACACUAGUUCAUCAGUGUAGCCAUUUGUAAAUGAAACUACAUGAAAUUCCUUAUUUAUCAGAAGACAAAGAAAUAAACAUGACGCUAGUGUCUGAUGAAAUCGAGGAAGUCCCUUCUCAUUGUCAAAAGGAGUAUGUUUCACUUUAAACUGUCCUGGUGGUGUGUAUGAGCCGGUUCAUUCUCUCUCUCUCUCUUUGUCUCUCUUUCGCUUUCUCGCUCUCUCUCUUUUUUUGUAGUGUCUCACAAUUUAGUGUUUUAUCUUUUCUUUUUUCAUCUUUUUUUAAGAGGAAGGGAUGAAUGGUACCAUGAUGGCAAGUACUGAGCAUUUGUCCAUAUGCUUUUGGUAUGGUUUAGUGAUCUUGUGAUUUUUCCUGUUUUCUUGAUUGACUGUAUAGUGGCCCGACAAGGCCAGACAUGCAUUAUAAUAAUAUAUGUCUAGAGACAAACCAUAUGCUUAUCAAAUUUUGGCUGGCUUUUUAUUUUUAUUUUUGAGUGCAACUGAUUAUACAACAAACUUGAGUUUUUGAAGUGCAUCACCCAGUCCCGGCUUCUUUUUUUAUUGUUUGUGAUGGCUGAGCACGAUGUGAGAACGGUGUUUUUGAAGUCCACAUUUGUGCAUAACGCUAUGGCGCGCAACGCGUUCAGGCCUCAGCACCGGCCUGCGAGUCAUGGCACUGUCGAAGGACUUUUGAAGGUCCAGCUUAACUUAACUUAACUCGUCAUCCAAUUGUCUCUAGUCAUAUAUGCUUUCUUCUCCAAGUGACGGCCACGUCUGACACCCGUUUGCCGUAGAGGUUCACACUGCUCUCUGGGGGCCUCUACUAAGAAGCUGCUUCAGGAGUAAAACAGGUUACGUUUACUCCUGGUCCAGGUUAAAUCACCUAAUAGAAGAGCCUGGAGUGAGGACUCCAGACUCUUCUUCUAUUAGAUGAUUUACCUCUUAACUUAACGUGGUUUACUCCUGAACCAGCUUCUUAGUAUAGGCCCUAGGUCUUGACUGUGGCUCGUGACUUUAGCCACAUCAAGUUGCUUCAUACCACACCAUGCUUGAGUAUCUCUAGACGCCCUUUAGACCUUUUGCCAGAAGAAAAAAAAACCCUUGCAUUGACUAAGCCAUCAUUUCAUCCCAUUGCAGCUGCCUAGUUAAACUCAGAAGGAACACGUUUACAGACUGACUUUUAAUUUACAAUAACUAUAUAUAUGCUGUCUAUCUGUGGACCCAAUAUCUAAAAGCUGCAGACUAAUGUAAACUUGGAAAAUUCAAAGCAUUGUUUGUUAUGCAAGUAACGUUAUUAAUUGUGAAUGAUUCUUCAUACAGUUGUUAUGAACUCUAAUGAGAAUUUGUCUGUGGAAUGCAUUGUGAAAUGUAAACAAGUAUCAAUAAAGCUUCUAGAGGAAA